CGGGGUUAUAUUAGCGGCGAAGCAAAUGUGUGUCGCAGGACUCUGCAUUUUGGCUCUCCUAAUUUUGUGUCAUGGGUGGACCCAAUCGCCAACCAUUAAUUACUGUUUUGACAGCGAGAUGGUAUACGUGACCGAUGUGGUGAUCACGAACGCCACGGUGGACAAGGUCAUGUCUGUGAACUACACCGUCGAGUUUACGCAGAGGCUGCGGGACAAUCCGCUCCUUGACGUAAUCAUGUCCAUCGCCGGUGGUCCCCACAUUCCCUGCAUCGACGAAGUCGGAUCAUGCUCGUACAAUUUGUGCUACGCCCGAAACGAAAUAGAGGUGCAGAUCGCCAGCGCAUGGAGAAGCGAGUGCCCUGUGCCGCCGGGCCUGUUCACGGGCUACCUCCAUUAUAAGCUGACUCAAACUGCCUGGAAUACCCUCAAGGGCCGCGCUGUACUCAUAAGAGCAAACGUCAUCAACGGUGGUGAGCUUGUAGGGUGCUUUCGCCUGUCUGCGACGGUGAGGCCCACAGGCCACUAGUAAACUCACGAAACAAAUUACCUACAUCGCUCGUCAUGCCCUGGCACCAACCUCACUUGUGGAGCACCAAGUCUCAGCAUCCGGCUUUGCACGUCACUGAGCAGCUGUCACUGGAUGACGAAAUAAAGGACAUGCUUUCGCAAGACGUGUAUGUUCAUACUUGCCGCUGAACGGAACAAUAAAGCCGAUCA